UAGGGCCGGUCUAAUGACACUUCCAUACAACGCCAAGAUGCAUUACAACUAUGCAAAUUUUCUGAGAGACUCUGCUAAACCCGAAUUAGCCAAAAGCCAUUAUCUGAAAGCUCUCAAGUUAUGGCCAACUUAUGCUAGCGCACACAACAAUCUUGGCACAUUGCUUAAUAACAGACAGGAAGCGGAACAACAUUUUCUGCUAGCAAUUAGAUAUUCCACGGAACACAUCAACGCCCACUACAACUUAGGGAGAUUGUACAGAAAGAGCAAUAAGUCGGCAGAGUCUGAACGCAUGUUAAGAAAAUGCAUUUUAUUGGAUCCCAGAUUUACUCCUGCGUACAUGGAACUUGCAAAACUUAGAGGACCUAAUGAUCAGAGUGUAAAUCAACUCUUGAAGCAAGCGGUCGACAUGAAUCCCACAGAUCCCUAUUUUACUACAAAUUUUGGACAUUGGUUGAUUAGGAAAGGUAAUUAUCGAGAGGCGCUCUGGCAUUAUUGGCGAUCUUUACAAAUUUCUCCAACUCACCAAGAGGCAAUACUAGGAGCAGCUAAGCUACUACAGAAAUUUGGACAAAAAGCUAGACUUUUUCAAUUAAUUACAAGAUGGCAAGUAAUAAAAAGAAAUGGUAAGAGUCAACUACCUCUUGGUCUUCAUCUUUAUUUACAAGGGUGGCACCUGAAAGGAGAAUUGAGCCAUAGAGCUAGAAUAUAUGAUGUUAAUCGACCAACGAAUACAACCAAAGACGCUCAUUUGAACCGAACUGCUUCCCCACGCGCCUCUGUUCAGAAGACCAAUAAUCCCACUAAAUCAGUAGGAAAUAACAGAUCCAGUUCAGAAACGCCUAACACAGACUCUUUGAGACCAUUAAUGGUUCAUCAUUUUUCGGAUAGUGUAUAAAACGAUACAAGUUCAAGUGUUGAUAGUAAUAAGAAGUUACACGAACGAAAGAGAUAAGCAGUAAUGUAAAAUAUUUAAAUUAUCAGUGUUUUAAACAUAAAUGUUUUAGAAAGAUGCUGUACGCUAAGAGGAGUUCAAUAUCUUUUCAGAGAUUGGUAGUUUUGAAGAUCAAUAUACAAAUAGACUCUUAAACCAUUAUAAAUGGAAAAAGUAUAUACAAAUAUAAUAAUAAAAACUGCAAAAAGCUACAAAGUGUCUGACUAUUUGAAAUGUAGAAAUCUUAAACUGGACAGGUCAAGAAGAUGAAUUGAUCAAAAUAGUAACAUAAGAUUACAAGAAAACUUGAAUAAUUCGGACAUAAUGAGAAGUAGUACUCGUAGAUACUUGAUAUUGCAGUUAGUACUCCACUAGAGGGGAAGAAUGAAAUCCUGUUGCUUCGAAAACAUGAAAUAUAAAGUUGACUGGCCUAUCAGCAGAUGAAUUUCUUACAUAUCACACAAGAUAGAGAAUCACAUGAACAAAUUGACAAUACCACUUCCUAAGAACAGAUCCGAUAUAAAGUGGAUGUUGAUGGUAAAGUAAUAAAAAAACAAUGACUUUUAGUUAUCUGGGGAUGGAGAUAUCCAAUGUGAAUAAUAUAGAAAAUAUAAUGAGGUUCCAAGCUGCAAAAGCUAAUAAAGCAAUAGGUGGCCUAAACAUAAUAUGAAGAAUACAUAAGUAGGUACUCUAAAGAAAUAAAAAUCUUAAUAUAGGCAUGCAAACUAAAGUAUAAAUGAAAAGAAUACAUCAUCAUCAUCAGAGCUUUUCAUUCCGAGUGGAAUGUUUUCCGCUCUUACUGAGAGCUCUCUGAUUCGCUUAUUGCUGUGAAUCAAUUCACAUUCCACUUGUAUGUUGUCAAAGUUUGUUGAAUGAUUUGGCUUUCGUUACAAUUUUCUUCCACUCAUUUCGAUAUGUGCAUAGUUCCCUCCAGUUUCUCACUUCCAGAAUUUUGAUAUCUCUCAUGACCUGGUCCCCCCAUCUUUCUCUGGGUCUUCCCCUUGGUCUUUCAGUUUCUGUUUUCCAUCUGGUGAUCUUCUUAAACAGUAGGUCGUUUUUCCUUCUCUCCAUGUGUCCCAGCCGUCUCAGCCUCUGUGCUUUAAUAAAUCUAACUAUAUGUUCUCCCUUCAUGAUGUCUCUUAGUUCAUGAUUCAUUCUUCUUCUCAUUUCUCCGUUGUCCAUUCUUAUCGGACCCAUAAUCCGUCUGAGGAUUUUCCUUUCAAAUAUUCUCAAUUUUUCUUCAUCUUUUUCCGUGAGGUACAUUGUCUCAGCUGCGUACGUAACUACAGGUCUGAUUGCAACUCUGUGUAUUUUCAGUUUUGUAUUUCUGGAUAAGUUUUUGUCCUUCAUAAGCCUAUGAUAUCUCCAGUAUGUUUUGUUGCCUGCUAGUAUUUGUUCCUUUACUUCUUCACUUCUCUUGUUUUGGCCAUUCACUAUUACUCCCAAAUAUUUCAAUUGUUGGAGUCUUUCAAAAGUGUAGUUUUCUAUUUUGAUUUCUCUCGUCCUGUUAUCUUCUCUUCUAGAGCAGAGUAGAUAUUUUGUUUUUCCUUCGUUAAUUUCUAGACCUCUUUUCUGUGCUUCUUUUGCCAGGAUUGUUACUGCUUCUUUUAAUUUUUCCUUAUCUCUUCCCAUAAGAACUAAAUCAUCGGCAUAUGCAACUAUAUGUGUUGAGGCGUGGGCUAUAGUUCCUUUAAUUUUUGCUGGCCUUGACUGUUCCUUCUUCUGCUAUGUUGACAAAUGAGGUUGACAGGGAAUAAUGAUGCAAUUGAUUUUGUGCUACCUUCUUCUGUUGUUACUUUAGCUCGAGAUCCAUCCAUGGUCGUUUUUGUUAAUCUGAUUAAUUUUGCUGUUAUAUCUUUAUUUUUCAUUUCAAUAAAUAAUUUAUUUCUUCCAAUAUAUUUAUGACAAAGAAAAGAAUACAAUUAUGACAAAAUAGUAGGUACACUACAAAAGCAAGCAUUGACACAAGUAGAAUAAAACAAAUAACGAAACAAGAGAGAUAAGAAGACUAACAGGAAUUAAAACAUUAGAAAUCAGUUUCAAAAUAAUCUCGUUUACACAUAGAUACAAAAAAGAAAUCAGAAUUAAAUAAGCAUAUUAACAGAAUAUCUCAAAACACAAUAGUAGCAAUAUCUUGGGACAAAUGGCCAAUAGGGUGGAACAUGAAGCUAUAUGAUAUUAACAUGCACUUUUCCUUUAAGGAAAAAUGAAUAUAAAGAAUACAUCAAUAGGAAAAUAAAAAAAAAAUCAUUAGAGGAAAAAUUAAAAUAGGGAUACAAAUAAUUAUAUCAUUUAACAAUAAUAUAUUCACUGAGUCCUUUAUGGUUCAACCUGAUGUAUGAACUAUAAUAAAAAAGUAAGAACUAAAAAGGAUACAAAAUAGGAUAAAAACAACUUAAAUACUCUCCCAUGCAGACCAUGCAAUACUAAUCUCUCAAAGUGGAGAUGAUAUACAAGGUAUGCUGCAGCAACUUAUUAUAACCGCAAGAAAAUUUAACCUGUAAAUUUUACUAAAAAAAAAAGAUGGAGUGACAACCUUCCGUAGAGGUAUCAACCCGUGAAUUAACAAGCAUAAUUGCUUAUAAAGAGAAAGAAGAAGAAUUUUCCCAAAAAAAGACGAAGUGUCUGGUUAUAACAGCAAAUCUUCUAAUAUCUAAAAUACAGCUGAAAGGUCAGAUAAUAGAACAAGUGAUGGAGUUCAAAUGUAUCUAGGCAUCAUACUAUCUAGCUACGGAAAGUUCGAAACAGAAAUGGAAGAUCAAGCGACUAGAACAAACAGAGCCGCAGGUUGCCUGAAUUAAACAAUAUGAAGAAAUAUAAAUAUCGGAAAAGAAAUUAAAAUAAUGACAUACGCGUAGAAACACAGAGACGCCAAAAAGAAUGCUACAAAAAUAACAGAGAUGAAAACCCUUCGAAAAAUCGGUGGUAAGACUAUGAAACAGAGCUAGAAGUACAGAUAUACGACGGAGCGACAAGGUGGAGGACAUUAAUAACUGGGUAAGAAAUAGAAGAGUAAAAGCCGAAUGACCCCUUAAGCCUAAUAAAAACAAAUACAGUAGUAAAAAAGCGAAAGAUGGUUUCCCAAUAGGAAGACGAUCAGUGGGAAGACCACGAAAACGAUGGAACGACAACUUACUAAUGGCAUAUAAAAAACAGACAGAGUCAUAUCUGCACACAAAGAAGAAGAAAAAGAACAAGAAUAAAGAAACAAGAUAAAUUUUAAAUAAACUACCAUGCUCUCUAAAUAUUUUCGAGAACAUAAGAAAAAACACUUUUCUUUUAUCCUUUCAUCAAACUGGAUAAAAAUCGAUCGACUGACCUCUCUUUCGUUCAUGUAAUGUAAAACUAAACGAUUGUGAUUAGUUUUGUAAAAUAAUUUACAGUAUUAGUAUUCAAUAAGACACAAAUGUAGUUUUAAAAUCAUCACAAGGUUUAGUUUCCGUAUCGCAUUAGCAAAUUUACUAUUUUGUACUCGAUUUAUAAAACUUUUAACAUGAAUUGCUGAUGAUUUAUGGUUUUUAAGUAUUUUAAAGUAUAAAAGGCAUAAAUAUUUUUAUAAAGUAUUAAAUAAACUGAUAUGCAUUCACUAAGGGUGAGUGUAAAAGGCAAAUUUAAAAUAAAUGUAUCGAUAAUAAAAGAACGAAUACACAUGUGGAGUCAAGUAGGGUAGUAUGAAGUUGUGACUGUUGUAAUGGGUAUAGACAGAUAAUAUGUAGCUACAUCCGGCGAGAUAUAAUUAAAACGUAAACUCAAUUUUGAUCUACGGUUUUAAGUUGAAAUUUUCAGGUUAGUUAGGUAGGUGGAUAGAUGAGAUGGAUUGCUACAAUUGUUGAUAACCCUAAAAAAAUUAAGUGUAGUGAUCUAUCAUAGUGAUCUAUGCACCAGCUGCUGAUAAGAAAAAAAAAGGUAAAAACCUUUAGACUAAACUUGAAAUGAUGUAUCAUCUAAAAAAGUCUAAAGACAUGAUUGGCAAUCAUAGUAGAUUUUAUCGCAAAAUUCACGAAGGCAUUUUUGGGUCUUGAAGAACUUAAGGGACACUAAAUGCAGGCAAACAAGGUCACCCUGUCAGGGCACACAAAUAAAGACCUGUUGCUCGGUACGGAAGAGAUAUGAGGGUGUUCUGUAGACAAGAUAUUGAGAAAAAAUUAAUGUAACCUAAAAAUAACGGAAAAUGAAGGAAUGGCAGUUAAGUAUUGGUAACCAUACAAAUAUUUAAACGGUCUAUUGGGAAACCUAAUUAAUAAUAGAAAAUAGUAUACUUUCAAACGGAGAAGGACAUUUAUUGAACUGCUUGUGCAAUAAAACAGUGUUCAUCAAAGGAAGGAAAAAAACUACAGCUUUUUAUUUGUCAACUGACAUUACAAAAUAUAGUUAGAGGGAUUGCUUCUUCUGUGUGCACUUAUAGUAUGAUACUUAGAAGGUAAGAAAACUUAAAAUGGAAACAUCUUACUUUACCCGUCGCGUCGGAAGGAAACCAAAAUUGUCGAAACCAUGUGGUUGCACUGUUUUGUCGUUUUAGAGACUAUUUUUAGACUACCAAUGGAUUCGUAUGUGGAUGUUGGUGUCUCCUACCUAGAAAAUUCCUUUUUGAAGAUACACUCUGAGCCCGAAAUGAUUUUAAUAAGGAAUAUAAUAAAAUAAAAGAUGCUAAAAUUAUUUAAAAUAAAAAUAAGAAAGGUUUAUGUAAAUACGUAUGUUAAAAGACCCUGACACAAAAAUGAGGGUCCAAGCCACGUUAAACGAGCAAGUGACUGCAAUUAAAGACACAUCGAACGAAGAACAAAUGAUCAAACAGAUGACCGAAUUAGGUCAAAAUGUAAAGGAUGGAUACUUAAAGGCAGAUAAAUUAACCAAGAAGAAAUCAUGGAUGACAGAUGAGAUCCUGAAAUUAAUGGACGAAAGAAGAAAUACCAAAAAUGACCCCGACACAUACAAAACAAUCAAUAUAUCAAUAAGAAGGAAAACUAGAGAAGCGAAAGAAAAAGAAGCAAUGAAGAGAUGCCAAGAAAUUGAGAUUCUACAAUCAAAGUACGAUAGUCACAAUGUAAAUGUACAUAGGAAAGUUAAAUAACUCACAGAUGGACUAAGACGGAGACAGAGAGGAAAUCUAACUGAUUCUGACGGAAACAUCAUCGUAGAUAAACAAAGUAAAAUUAGAACGUGGAAAGAAUAUCUAGAAAAACUAUUUGAAGACCAAAGAGGUAACACAUUUGAAUUAGAAAAAGAGGUAAAUGAUGGACCAAGAAUAUUACAGCAGGAAGUUUAUUCUGCCAUAACACAGCUAAAGAUUUGUAAAGCAGCAGGUCCGGAUAAUAUACAAGCAGAACUACUCAAACUGAUGAACAACGAAUCAAUAGCAAUAGUCACAAAGAUAUUCAACAACAUAUACAACUUUGGACAAAUACCAACAGAAUGGCUGAAGUCUGAGUUUAUUGCGCUUCCAAAAAAACCAGGAGCCAAAAAGUGCGAAGAAUACCGUACGAUUAGCCUGAUGAGUCAUCUCCUAAAAUUGUUCUUAAAGAUAAUCCAUACGAGAAUUUACAAGCUAUGUGAAAGUCAAAUUUCGCCCAACCAGUUCGGGUUCAUAAAUGCUCUUGGUACGAGAGAGGCUUUGUUUUCAAUACAAGUCUUAUUCCAGAGAUGCAGAGACGUAAAUUGCGGCGUAUACGCAUUUCCGGUUGAUUACGAGAAGGCGUUGGAUCGAGUACAAUACGCCAAGAUGAUGCAAAUAUUAAAAGAAGCAGGAAUUAACAACCAAGAUCUGAAAAUAAUUAGAAACCUUUACUGGAAUCAGACUGCAAACCUCAGAAUUGACGGUGAACUCACCGAAUAUGUCAAAAUCAUGCGUGGAGUGAGCCAAGUCUGCAUUUUGUCUCCCGUAAUUUUCAAACUUUACUCUAAAAGAAUAUUUAUCGAAGCUUUGCACGAAACUGAAAAAGGUAUUCUACUAAUUGGGUACCGGCUAAAUAAUACCAGGUAUGCACAUGACACCAUAGUAUUUGCGGACAACCUAGAAGACCUACAAGUCCUCAUGGACAAAAUCACGUAUUACAGUCAACAAUAUGCACUCAAUAUAAACGUGAAGAAAACAAAAUUUAUGAUCGUUAGCAAGAAAAAGAUAACAGAAGGUCAACUCUAUAUCAACCAAACCCCUGUAGAAAGAGUGGGGCACUACCACUACCUCGGCACCAUAAUAAAUGAAGAAUGGACCAACAAUCAAGAAAUAAGAGCGCGCAUCGGAAAAGCUAGAUCAAUCUUCAACCAUAUGGGGGCGAUUUUCAAGAUCCACAACCUUUCUCUUGGUAUAAAAGUAAGAAUUCUGAGAUGUUACGUCUUCUCUGCGUUUUUUAUGGUGUUGAAUCAUGGACCUUGAACGAGGAUAUGUGCCGAAAAUUGGAAGCAUUUGAGAUGUGGCUAUAUCGGAGAAUUCUUAAAAUCCCAUGGACAGAUCGGGUCACAAAUGAGGAGGUUCUUAAAAGAAUGGGGAAAACCGAGAAGUACUGACCACCAUCAAAUCUCGAAAGUUGGAAUUCUUUGGACACAUUAUGCGAAAUGAAUCCAGAUAUGCCCUCCUACAAGCCAUCCUGCAAGGAAAAAUAUUUGGAAAGCGAGGUCCAGGAAGAAGAAGAACAUCUUGGUUAAAGAACCUCAUAACCUGGUUCAACACAACAUCUGUGCAUCUUUUCCGCAUUGCUGCAGAUAAAGUGAAGAUGGCCAUGAUGAUCGCCAACAUUCGUCACGGAUAGGCACAUCAAGAUGAAUGUAAAAUGAAAAGUAGUGAUGGUGUGUUAUUCACAACGUACGACAAAGUGACUUGUUUCUCCCACCCACAAAACGAGUGAAAGGGUUUAGAAAAUUGCCACCAAGAAGCUUACUGACUUCGUUACCUUUCGAGUCGUUGGGAAACUCUCUACAAUCAUAUUGAUAUAAUAUCACGAAUGAUAGUUACGGCCCGCCAAAGCUAGUAGAGCAAUUUUAAAUAAUGCUGUUAGAAAUAUUAGACGGAUUAAACGGCUACAACGACCUCAGUGCACUUUCAUGUGUCAAACAGUGACACGUAGUCCAGUAGGCAUAUUAUAUAUAAUACAUGCCAACGACUUGUAGGACACUUUACUCGUCCUCCCGCACGACCGCAAAGGGUUAAAGCCUACAUACAAGCAGGAAGAAGAAGAAGAAGUUUUGUUAUUUGGCAUUUUUAGAGGGUGUUUUGACAUUAAAAUUCCACGCUUGUCAAACUGAUUGGCGAGUUCGUGAUAGAGUGAGUAAUAGAAGGAAAUAUAGUGUCCCGUCUGCCCUCGGAAACCUAACUAAUAGCCAUUCGGGGUCGGAAGAAACAAGAGUUAGCCAAGAGAGGCUGAUCGGAAAGAUUAAAGACAUUUCACUAAAGACAAGUUGAAAAAGAGUAAAGUAUGAAGGCACUUAGGAGCCGCCAGGUGCGUUUCAUAAGGGUAUGAGUAUUGAUAUACUUUGUGUUCCCGCUCAUACACCGGGGUGUUGACUACAGACUGUAGGGCUCGUCCAGCAUGCCAUAGCAUGGAGGAUAGGGUGUUCGUCAUUUUUUUUAUAAUGUAGACACCCCAGGCUCCAUGGUCUGAUCACAGAUGAGGUGGACGGACGACGUUUGGAGAAAGGGAAAAGGAAAAAAAAACCCUGAAAAGGAGAAACCCAGGAAAGGACUGGAU